AGCCGCGGUACACUUCUUAGCCAUCAGUCGAUCAGCCAGUCAGCCAAUCACUCAGUCAACCGGAGAAGAAGAGUGACCUGUGCUGUGAGAUCGACACUAGCGUAGCGUACGCGAUGCGGAAUAACGGCAACCACCUGUGCUGCUUCUCUCUGCUGCUGCUGCUGCUUCUCGCCGGGUUGGCGUCCGGCCAUCAAGUCCUCUUUCAGGGGUUCAACUGGGAGUCGUGGAAGCAGAGCGGCGGGUGGUACAACAUGAUGAUGGGCAAGGUCGACGACAUCGCCGCCGCCGGAGUCACGCACGUCUGGCUGCCGCCUCCCUCGCACUCCGUCUCCACCCAAGGUUACAUGCCUGGUCGGCUGUACGACAUCGACGCAUCCAAGUACGGCAACGCGGCGGAGCUCAAGUCGCUCAUCGCCGCGCUCCACGGCAAGGGCGUGCAGGCGAUCGCCGACAUCGUCAUCAACCACCGCUGCGCCGACUACAAGGACAGCCGCGGCAUCUACUGCAUCUUCGAGGGCGGCACCUCCGACGGCCGCCUCGACUGGGGCCCCCACAUGAUCUGCCGCGACGACACCACCUACUCCGACGGCACAGCCAACCUCGACACCGGCGCUGACUUCGCCGCCGCGCCCGACAUCGACCAUCUCAACGACCGCGUCCAGCGGGAGCUCAAGGAGUGGCUCCUCUGGCUCAAGAGCGACCUCGGCUUCGACGCGUGGCGCCUCGACUUCGCCAGGGGCUACUCGCCGGAGAUGGCCAAGGUCUACAUCGAUGGCACGUCCCCGAGCCUCGCCGUGGCCGAGGUGUGGGACAACAUGGCCAGCGGCGGCGACGGCAAGCCUAACUACGACCAGGACGCGCACCGGCAGAAUCUGGUGAACUGGGUGGACAAGGUGGGCGGCGCGGCCUCGGCCGGCAUGGUGUUCGACUUCACGACCAAAGGGAUUCUGAACGCCGCGGUGGAGGGCGAGCUGUGGCGGCUGAUCGACCCACAGGGGAAGGCCCCCGGCGUGAUGGGGUGGUGGCCGGCCAAGGCCGUCACCUUCGUCGACAACCACGACACGGGCUCCACGCAGGCCAUGUGGCCAUUCCCCUCCGACAAGGUCAUGCAGGGCUACGCGUACAUCCUCACCCACCCCGGCAUCCCAUGCAUCUUCUACGACCAUUUCUUCACCUGGGGGUUCAAGGACGAGAUCGCGGCGCUGGUGGCGAUCAGGAAGCGCAACGGCAUCACGGCGACGAGUGCACUCAAGAUCCUCAUGCACGAAGGGGACGCCUACGUCGCCGAGAUCGACGGCAAGGUGGUGGUGAAGAUCGGGUCCAGGUACGACGUCGGGGCGGUGAUCCCGGCAGGGUUCGUGACCUCGGCACACGGCAACGACUACGCCGUCUGGGAGAAGCCCGGGGCCGCGGCGACACUGCAGCGGAGCUGAAGUCUCCACUGACCGGAGAUGAUCUGAUCUACAUUGUCCAUUCUGCUACACACACGCAGAUAUUGUUGUGGUUUAACUUAUGUAUACUUGUACCCAAAAUUGAUGAGCUCUACGAAUGGCUCACACGAAUGUAGUAAAUAAUUAUUGAGGAUAUGAAGAGGUAUAAGAGGCGAUUGCGCCAUUUGGAUGCUUCA